GCUAGUUAGUCCAAAAUGAUUGAGAAUUUCAUGUCGCCCUUUCACAGCCAAAUUUAGCGAUGACAUUAUUCUACGCUUGCAACCGAUCUACAUCUCGACGAUAGCAGUUGGGAUCCCACCUAGGGCUCCCUUAAACUCUGAUCUAAAUAAACGUGACACACAGAAGUGACUCUCGUGGUGAUGGCGCGUCCCAGAAUCACCAGUGCCGCGUUUAUUGUUGUCGUUGUCGCCAUCUUGGUUUCUUGAAUAACGCGCGGGCGAUAAAAGAAGCUCUGUGGCUAAAUGGUCUCAUCACUGCACUACGAUUUAUGUGGACACCCUGUUGUUUUGUUUGUGUGUAAGGGAUGAGCAAUUGUGUGUGUGUGUGUGUGUGUGUGUCAUACAUUCGUUUAUGCUGGGCCACAAAAAUGUCAUGAACGGUGGCUCCACGGAGACAUCUAGGCAAACACACAGAAUGACUUCAAUCGGUCGUUGUUUGAGCAGCGGGAUAGUUGAAGAAAAGGCCAAUGAGAAAGCUUCAACAACCAGCCGCAUAUAACGAUAACAGCGGCACAACCCAAUUUCGAGAUAGUGAAAUGGGCUGAUUUGACACUUGGCCGCUGUCCUAGCCGCUGGCGUCCGUUGUAGCUCUGUAUUGUUCCAAUGCCCUGUAGUAACAGCAGUGUAAUCCUGGAUCAACGAUGACCAGAUACAGACAGCAGGAUAACCCGACAAUUGAUUAUGAGACGUUAAUAACAACUGCUUGUUGAGAGUACCGUGAUUCCGUUCAGUCCUAGAAUCAGCAGUAGUGGCGGCAGCAGCAGCCAAGUCCAGUAUGAGAACAACUUAUGCUGAUAAGGUGAAAGUGUCUAAUUGUACGUUUAGCUGAAAUUGAUGGCACCGUGUCCAUUUAACGGGGCUUAAAAUGACGGCACACAAAGUGUAGCUUCUAUGAGCUGUGCAUCGAGUGUCUGGCCCAAUAUUCCGAUUGAGCAUCUACUUAAAUGCUUUCCCCUAUUCAAUAGCCGUUUCUUCAUUAUAUUUACUCUAUAUGAGGUAGUGUGUCAUAUUAUAUAUUCGUCGACAGCUAAAUGGUCUCCCUGUCAUCGUGUAUACGUGUCAAUUCAGUAAGGUGAAAUUAUGUUCGCCACUUCAUUUGAUGCCUCAAUAACGAAUGGUGCAAUAGCAGCUGAGUUGAAAGUUGCUUUAUGUAUGUAUGUAUGUAUGUAUGUGUACGUUGAAACGUUUGAAGGAAAAGUUAGGAAAAAUCUUUUAUUCCAAAUGUGAUCUACCAGUUAAUGUCUUGCUUGCCACGUUUCGAGAGACGUUCCAACAACGUCCGGUCUGAAUCGUAUCAGCAUGUUCAACACGUCCACCUACUUUACGAGUUGCCCUAUAAUUACUAACACUCGAAUAAACUCUAUGAUGUUUGUUUUCAGAUGGCGGAGUAACUCCACAGGCGACAUCUACAAUACGCGCUUAGUUUGUGCAUCGAUAAAAAGACCUUCGAACGAGUAAAGGGUAAGCAUCGAGGAAGCUUGAAAGCCACGUCAUACCGUGCUCAACCACUCUGGAUCUAGAUCAAGGCCAGUGCUGCGAUGUUGUGCUUUAGGAGUUUGCUGCUUCUGGGGCUGACGGCGUUAUCAGCAGCCCAAGCCAACUGCCCAUGGUCCCGAGAUCUUGUUGACCUCGAUGCGGACUGCGGCUGCACAUACAACUCCCACCAGAAAUUAUCAAUACAAUGUUCACCAGUAAACUUUACUCGAUUAAUGGGUGCACUAAACUCAGCACAAAAUGUCCCAAUUGAUAUGCUAUACAUUAACAACUCAACCGUUUCUCACCUGCCAGAUGCUAUUUUUAGUAAGCUUAGCAUUCAAGGCCUACAGUUCUCACGCUCAAAACUUAAGACCAUUUCUGAAAAAGCAUUCAUCGGUCUUGAACGCAGCCUCACCAGUUUGAGUCUAUCCGAUAAUGAACUUAGAGAAAUCCCGAUAAAAGCCAUUCAAAGACUCACUUCCUUGAAAAAUCUUGACCUGUCAACAAACAAGAUCACUGAGGUUCUCGCGGACGCUUUUGUGAACUUGCCGUUGAAUACGCUAAAGCUGGCCGAUAAUCAAUUGAAUAUAGCUUCGGAUGCGUUCAAUGGCUUGGAGGGCACCCUCAAGAACCUCAACUUGAAAAACACGGGGCAAGAAGCUGUUCCGAAAGGAGUCACCCGUUUAAUUUCCUUAGCAUUUCUUGAUCUGGCACAAAACAAAAUCGGCAAAAUUGAGCCCGGCCAUCUGUCUACAAUGAACACGUUAACAGCUCUAAACCUAGAGCGAAAUCGCAUACUCAAAAUUGAUGCUAAAUCCUUCGAGGGAAUCAACGACACAUUGUCAUCCUUAUCACUGCUCAACAAUUUACUUGUUGAGUUUCCCGUUGACGCCAUGAGCACUCUGACUGAGCUUCGGGUGUUGGAUCUUGGUUUCAACGGCAUCCGUUAUAUUCCCGAUAACGCAUUCUCCGCCAACCCUCUGCUCACGCUCCUCGCCCUCGACGGAAACCCGAUGUCAUCCAUUCCUAUCGAACCCUUUAAGCAUCUUAAGUUUACUUUAAGGGGGCUUAGCGUCGGAGGUCCGUAUCUGGAGUGUGACUGUCGCAUCCGCUGGAUUGCCGAAUGGAUACGCACUAACGAUCUGCAGGUCACCAGCCGCGAGCGUAAUCCCCAAUACUGCGGCAAACCCGACUACCUGAAACGAAAGCAAUUUGGACAAAUUGAACUUUCUGAAUUGGUUUGCGAGGGACCUCCAUCAACAACUACGGUAUCCAUCCCGACCGAAACAACCACUACGACUACGACGUCGACAACCGAAGUCAACUACAAUGAUCUGUUAUCCAACUCAACGAUCCCAUCCAUCGACACAACUGACCAGCUGCCCCAACGAGUAACCAAGUUUUCACCGCGAACGCGUCCAGUCGCUAAUAGUCGUGGAGUAAAGGCCAACGUUCCCACCCCACAGCCGCCUGCCACGUCAAAGCAGAUCGCCAAACCAGUUGUCAAGAGUUUAAUGGCACUCCGUAAAGAUUCGUCUAUCAAGCUGGAGUGGACAGUUGAUGCGACGAACACACAGGGUUUUCAGAUCCUCUAUCGAAUAUUUGGCGAUCGAUUAUACCGUAAGGGUCCAGCACUCGGCCCGGAUCAACGGGGCUACCUUCUUCAGAACCUUCCAUCGGGUGACUGUGUCGUCGUGUGCGUUAUCACUAUUCAGGAAGCAAACGAUCUGACCGUCGACAAUGUACCAAUGAAUCAAUGUCGAGAACUUAAGAGCGACCGCUAUGGGAUCGUCAGCCUAGAUAAGGCAAUCAUCAUAGCAUCGGCUGUCCUUUCCGCAGUGGUCAUCAUAGGAGUUUGCGCUAUCCUCUGCUGUAUUCGGCGUAAACAUCGAAAGCAGGACAGUUUAAUGAAGCAGCGGAUUUCGGUAGGAGUUGUUCCCGUGGUGAAGCCGCACACUGGCCACCAAGUUGGUGUCGGAGGCGAUAUGAGCGAAUGGGAAACAAUGAGCGUUUAUUCUUCACGGAGCAUUCCGCGAGCUCGAAUGUACCAUCUCGACGGAGGUCAGACUAACUCGAGUUAUGUGGACGACGCUCGCUCACAUGUAGCUCACUCAUAUAUUCCGAACAACUAUGGAACCAAGCCUCGCGGACCUACUGCCGAGCGAGCAUUCUCGCAGAUGUCCCAGCACAAUAGUCGACUAUACAAGUCUAACGGUAAUCUUUCGGCGAUGGCUGGAGAUCUGCGUAAAUCGCAACAGUCGCUGUCCGCAGGGUCGGCUGCCUAUGUAAACUCACCGAAGAAGCACAAGAGGAGCAACUCACAUGGGCGGCUGACCAGUGCCAGCAGUACGCACUCACUAACAGAAUAUGACUCUGACUGGAAUGGCCGCUCGGAGGCGAACUGGAAAGAUAACGAGGUGGACAUCUAUGUCGGUCACAACCAUAGGUACCGCUAGGAGCCGCAGGAGACGAAAAAUCCGAAGAUUACGUUUACUAGACCAUCAUAUUUUGUGGUUAGCUGUUCCUGACUUGUGUUCAUAAUAUGCACCUGCAGUAGUAUGAUAAUAACAGUAAAUUAAUGGAAUAGGAAUAAUGAUGAAGUAUAGUAAUGCUAAAUAGAAGUAAUGAUGGCGAUGCGAAAGGGAAUACAAGACAGCAAAAGAUCAUACAGAUCGCUCGGUUUCAGAAAGCGAAAGAUCAGGACAAAAUCAUAUAGGCGUGUUUGUUGAUACAAUAGACAAGACAAACAAAAACUAAGAUGAAAAACAGAGCAGUAAAAUGAUUAAAACAAUCCAUCGCAGCCCAUCGACUUACCCAGUGU